GUCAAGACCAGGGCUUGUAAGAGAAGCAGAAACGUGCUGGUUUUCUGAUGCUCUGAGUCAUCUUCCCAGGGUCUGUUACUUCUCAACUUAUGGAAAAAUAGAGGCAUAGGCUUACUGGAAAUCUACCAUGUUUGGGGCAAGAGAAAUGGAUAUGGCAACUUACAAAGAUGAUCAAAGCCCUCCUACACAGUUUGCUGUCCAGCAAAGGAGGUUCUAAAAGCAUUGAAAUUGAUUCUCCAAUGACUCCUUUCCAGAAGUUAUUCUUACAUGGCCCUAUGAUUUAUGCAGGAGCAGAGGCAGCACGCAAUCGAGCUGUCAAGAGAGCGUCAGCUUAUUAGGCAAAUGCUGCGUGGUUUUUGAAGAGGGUCGACACUAUAAAAUCCCACUCCAGGCUCUGGAGUGAAGAAACUCGGAGACCAAGUCCGUUGAGAGACUGAGGGGAAAGAGAGGAGAGAAAGAAAAAGAGAGUGGGAACAGUAAAGAGAAAGGAAGACAACCUCCAGAGAAAGCCCCCGGAGACGUCCCUCUGCAGAGAGGCGGCAGCACCCGGCUCACCUGCGAAGCGCCUGGGAAGCGAGUGCCCCUAACAUGCGGCUGCCGCUGCUCGUGUCCGCGGGCGUCCUGCUGGUGGCUCUCCUGCCCUGCCCGCCAUGCAGGGCGCUCCUGAAUCGCGGGCCGGUCCCGGGAGCUCGGCAGGCGCCGCAGUACCCUCAGCCCUUGGAUUUCUUACAGCCGCCGCCGCAGUCCGAGCAGCCCCAGCAGCCCCAGCAGCCGCAGACUCGGCCGGUCCUGCUCCGCAUGGGAGAGGAGUACUUCCUCCGCCUGGGGAACCUCAACAAGAGCCCGGCCGCUCCCCUUUCGCCCGCCUCCUCGCUCCUCGCCGGCGGCAGCGGCAGCCGCCCUUCGCCGGAACAGGCGACCGCCAACUUUUUCCGCGUGUUGCUGCAGCAGCUGCUGCUGCCUCGGCGCUCGCUCGACAGCCCCGCGGCUCUCGCGGAGCGCGGCGCUGAGAAUGCCCUCGGCCGCCACCAGGAGGCACCGGAGAGAGAAAGGCGGUCCGAGGAGCCUCCCAUCUCCCUGGAUCUCACCUUCCACCUCCUCCGGGAAGUCUUGGAAAUGGCCAGGGCCGAGCAGUUAGCGCAGCAAGCUCAUAGCAACAGGAAACUCAUGGAGAUUAUUGGGAAAUAAAACGGUGCGUUUGGCCAAAAAGAAUCUGCAUUUAGCACAAAAAAAUAAAAAAAAAUACAGUAUUCUGUACCAUAGCGCUGCUCUUAUGCCAUUUGUUUAUUUUUAUAUAGCUUGAAACAUAGAGGGAGAGAGGGAGAGAGCCUAUACCCCUUACUUAGCAUGCACAAAGUGUAUUCACGUGCAGCAGCAACACAAUGUUAUUCGUUUUGUCUACGUUUAGUUUCCGUUUCCAGGUGUUUAUAGUGGUGUUUUAAAGAGAAUGUAGACCUGUGAGAAAACGUUUUGUUCGAAAAAGCAGACAGAAGUCACCCAAUUGUUUUUGUUGUGGUCUUAGUCAAAGAGAAUGCCAUUCUCUUGGGUGGGUAAGACUAAAUCUGUAAGCUCUUUGAAACAACUUUCUCUUGUAAACGUUUCAGUAAUAAAACAUCUUUCCAGUCCUUGGUCAGUUUGGUUGUGUAAGAGAAUGUUGAAUAUUUAUAUUUUUAAUAAAAGUUGCAAAGGUAACCAUGA